AUGUCUACUUCAAAUGAUCUUGGACAAUGGUAUAAAAGUAUUCCACCUAUAACUCGUACCUGGUUUACAGCCUGUGUUGUUGUUCCAUUUGCAACACGUUUUAAAAUAGUUAAUCCAAUAAAUCUUACUCUCCAUGUUCGACCAAUUAUUCGAAGAUUUCAGAUCUGGCGAUUACUGACAUGUUUACUCUUUUAUCCUUUGAGUUUUGAUUAUUUAAUUAAUCUCUAUUUUCUUUACCAAUAUAGUUCUCGUCUUGAAACAAGUACUUUCGAUGGUAAACCAGCUGAUUAUGUAUUUUGUUUAUUUUUCCUUGCGAUAUGCAAUAUUAUUCUUGGUAUUAUAUUAUCAAUAUCUGUAUUAAUGGAAGCAAUGAUUUUUAGUGUUAUGUAUAUAUGGUGUCAAUUGAAUAAAGAAACUAUGAUGUCAUUCUGGUUUGGUAUGCAAUUUAAAGCAAUGUAUAUGCCAUGGGUUCUUCUAUUAUUUCGAUGGGUUAUUUCAAAUACAUUACAAGUACCAUUAUGUGGUAUUAUUGUUGGUCAUUUAUAUUUUUUUCUUGUUUUUAAAUAUCCACAAGAUUUUGGUGGUGCACAUUUUUUACAAACACCAAGUUUUCUAUAUCGUUAUUUUCCUAAUGAUCGUGCAAGUGUGAGUGGUUUUGGUACACCACCACCAUCAACAGCUCGUCGUCCAGAUGAUCCUGAAAAUAAUGACAGAAAUCCUGGUCGACAAAUAUUUGGUGGUCGUGGUCAUGUUCUCGGUGGCAAUUAA